AAAUAACAGUUGUCUCCCUUAGUACAAAAUACUCUUUUCAAAGAAGAAUUUUCACAACUUUGGAAACAGCACGUGUAAAUUUUAGUAUUUUGUAAUUUAACUAAAAUAUGGGACGACCAAAGAAAAAGCAUCAAAGUGGUGCUGCAACUGCCUUCAUCACCAGAACUAAAGCUGUCAAACGACUUCAAAUAUCGCUGAAAGACUUUAGACGACUAUGUAUAUUGAAGGGGAUUUACCCAGUUGAGCCACUUCACAGAAAGAAAGCUGGCAAAGGAAGUACCUCAAACAGAACAUACUACUUUAACAAAGAUAUACAGUUCUUACUUCAUGAACCACUCAUCAAUAAAUUCAGAGAGUUUAAGCAUUUUAUGAGAAGACUGAAGAAAGCAUAUGGCAGAAAAAAUUUGAAUGCUGCAGCUAGAAUAAAGAAGAAUAGACCUAAAUACAAACUUGAUCAUAUUGUCAAAGAAAGAUAUCCAUCAUUUAUUGAUGCAGUAAGAGAUUUAGAUGAUUGUUUAUCAAUGGUGUUUCUUUUCUCAACAUUUCCUCAAACAAACGUCACUGACUGGAGGUUUAUACAGUUGUGUCGUAGACUUACUGUAGAGUUCAUGCAUUAUGUCAUUGCCUCACAGUCUCUAAGAAAAAUUUUUAUUUCAAUAAAAGGUAUAUAUUACCAAGCAGAAAUAAUGGGUCAGAUAGUGACAUGGGUUACACCACACAAAGUUGGCUUUGUUCAUCCCACUGAUGUGGAUUAUAAAGUUAUGAAGACAUUUGCAGAGUUUUAUACAACACUUCUUGGUUUUGUGAACUUCAAGUUAUAUAAUUCUAUCAACUUAAAGUAUCCUCCAAAGUUACUGCUGGACAGUGAAGAGGAGAAAGCUGGGGACCAGCCACAGAAAUCUCUGGUCACACCAGAAAAUACACAAAAGUCAAAGAAAAAAGGCAAACAAAAUCCAAGACAAGAAGCAAAACUAAAUAGAUUUGUUGAGAAAGAAACUUUUGAAGAGAGAUUAUCAGCAUUGACACAGUCAUUAAAAACUAUAGGAUCUACAGUAGAUGAUGAGGUCCAAUUAGAUCAUUUCCCAUCCUCAGAGACAGAGAAUCCUGAUGGUAUAGAACAGGCCAAGUUAGAGAUGGAAAAGAUGACAAAGUUCCAGAAUCUUUUCAAAGGCCUUAAAUUUUUCCUGAAUAGAGAAGUUCCACGGGAACCUCUUGUCUUUAUAAUCAGGUCAUUUGGGGGAGAAGUAUCGUGGCAUGAGAGUCAAGCUGUUGGCGCUACCUACCCUGAAACUGAUGAAAAAAUCACCCAUCAGAUAGUAGAUAGACCAUCAAUGGAGACACAAUUUCUGUCUAGAUAUUAUGUACAGCCUCAGUGGUUAAUAGAUUGUGUGAAUGCUCAGAUGUUACUACCACCAGAGGACUACUUUAUAGGCGCAGUAUUACCACCCCAUUUAUCACCAUUUGUUAAUGAGCAGGAAGGUGAUUAUGUUCCACCAGAGAAACAAACACUGCUCAACAGACAGAGAGGUAUAGACUCUGGAAUAGAUGAAGAUUCUGAGAAUGAUGAGGAGUCUGAGAAUGAUGAUGAUGAUGAUGAGCAGUCUGGUGAUGAUGUGGAGGAGGGAAGUAGUGAUGAAGAUGAUGAAAGUGAUGAUGAUGAUGAAUCUGAAGAUGACGAGGAGUCAGAUGAAGAAACAGUGAAGAGGAAAAGAACAUAUAAAGAAGAAUCAACAUCUCCAAAAAAGAAAAAGAAAAAGGAUCAGAACACCAGUACUAUGUCGGUGGAGGCCGGGACUAUUGAAGAGGAAGACGUAGAUAAACGGUUACAACAGCAGACGGCGGAGGAACGGAGGUUAGCAGAGAUGAUGAUACCUAAGAAAAAGAAAAGAUUGUACAAAAAAAUCAUGUAUACUAAGAAAAAGAAGACACAAGAGGCAUUAAAGUUGAAACAGAAGAGGCAUGCAAUAGACAAACAACAAAAAUUGGAAAAGAAGAAACAGAAAGUCUGAACAAAAAGCAUGUACAAUGUGGAUUUUGCAAACAUUUAAUCUGGAAAA